AUGAAGCAGACUGCUGCACAGCGCGGAGUUGAUUGGGAUGCAGAGACACAGAAGAUCCUGUCAGAUCCUGAGCUGCCCAAGAUCAAGGCCGCGAUCGAGCAACCGGAGUUCAUUUACCCUGAUUACUACAUUGAUGGCAACCUCAACUGGCUCGCGGCCGCAGAGAUGAGCGCCGCGUCUGCGGUUAUCGCUUGCCGUGUCUUCAGGGACCUCGACAGCGCAGACGCCGCGGUCCUGCGCUUCCGCACCACCAUCACUGCGACCAUCCGCCAGUACCUGCAGCGUCGCGGGCUGCGCGACCCGGAGGACGUCGUCGAUGUCGGGUGCAGCACGGGCAUUGGGACGCGUUGGCUGGCGCGGGAGUUUCCGAGGGCGCGCAUGACGGGGCUGGACGCGUCGCCGUACUUCCUGGCUGUGGCCGAGCUCGAGCAGCGGCGCAACCCCCUGCCGGACUGCCGCCGAAUAUGCUUUGACCAUGGGCUGGCAGAGGCGGCGCCCUACCCCGCGGGAUCUUUUGACCUGGUGGCCCUGCAGUACAUUGCCCACGAGUGCCCCCAGUCCGCCACCCGUGCGUUCCUGGCAGAGGCGCGCCGUGUGCUGCGACCGGGAGGUGUGGUGUGCGUGGUGGACAACAACCCGCGCAGCCCAAGGCUGCAGUCCAUGCCCCCCGCGAUGUUCACACUCAUGAAGAGCUCAGAGCCGUGGUCAGAUGAGUUCUACUCCCUUGAGAUGGAGGGGGCGCUGGUUGAUGCGGGGUUUCGUGCCAUCUGGACUAUGCCGGUCAAUACCAGCCACCACGCGGUGUUUGGGCAGCUGCCCCCCCUGGCUUCAACCGUGCCUGAGAAUGGAGUUUGA